UUACAGAGCCCGCCUGGGAGACACAGCACUCCUAAUCCAGCUGCCUGGGAGAGAGACAGAGAGAUCUCAAGACAAUCUAGAGGAAGGAGCAGGCAAUUUUCAGCCCUUCAAGCCGAUACAUACUCCCCACAUUACCAACCACUUGCUCAGAGGCGUUUCCUCACACGCACACACACACACACCACACCACACCAUGGCAGGUGGCCUCUACCCAGCUCAGUAGCUGUGGUAGAAACCAUCUUAACUGACUCACUGAGGUUGGAGCUGAGGUUUUGGAUCCUCCCUGACUGUUGAAGCGUGAGCAGAGUUAGGAGCUAGAGCUUCACUUUCUCCCUCAGUGCAGAGAGACCGCACGCCAGGCACGAGGCUCCCCCACUCCUCCCCUCUCCCACUCUGCCUUUUCCUGGGCUCCUGUCCAGAGAAUGACUGGCUCCAGUGGACCCAAGAGGAAGAACGCAGCUUGAAGACACAGUAUAGCAGCUCCAGCCCUGCCUGCCUACUGGGACCACCAAAUGCACUGAGGUUUUACAAAUUAACUUCAACACCUUUGUGGGAUUUUUUUUCUUUUCUUUUUUUUUUUUUCUUUUAUCAGGUCAGAAAGAUUGGGUCUGAGCUUCGGCAGACAGACAGACAAACAAACAGACGGACUGACAUAUGGACAGUGAGCAGUGGGCACUGCGGCGUGAAUGUAGCAACUGGACUUCUCUUCUCCCUGGUUACUAAGACCAAACAAGGAUAAUAGCCAGAGCACUACCCUGUCCACCGAGGUAGUGGGUGGAUGCAGCUUUCAGCAGACUGCUAUAGGGGAAAGCAGAGACGGUAUAGAAGCUGCAGAUAUACAUCUAGUUGAUCCACAUUGUGAUUAUCAUCAGAAAAUGGAUAGUUACCUCCAAGUAGAUGCUUGCUGGAUUGUUAUUAUCUCUUAUUGAACAUUGUUUACAGGAACUUACGGAGCAAAGACCUGUGGACUUUUUCUCUUUUUUUUGACUUUGCUCCUCAUGCUGAGUGGACUUACAUGCUCUCUGUGUAGAUGAGCUUGAAGCCCGUGUCUCACUGAUGAUGGCAGAGUGCACAAGGACUGUGUAUCUGACACUUAUGCUGCUCUAUCUUGUUCUGCUGGGCACAGCUCACACAGCCCAUAGCAUCUACCCAAGGAUACGGCUCUCCAACAAAGAGCUUUGGCAGCUGAACAGGACCUGGGUGUUCCAGGGACAUGGAGCGUCUCUUCAGCCCCAGACCAUGUUGCUGGAUGAAGGCCAUGAGAGACUUUAUGUUGGGGCCAAGAAUACUCUGUUCUCCCUUAGCCUGGACCGAGUUAACACACACCACCAAGAGAUCCAGUGGGCCAGUACAGAGUAUCAGAUAGAGGAGUGUUUGAUGAAAGGGAGGGAGAAGCCUGAAUGCGCAAACUACAUCAAGGUCCUGCAGCAGUACAACCAGACCCAUUUGCUGGUUUGUGGAACAGGAGCAUUUAACCCCAUCUGUGCCCUAGUCAGAGUGGGACACACAGGGCAGGACAGGCUAUUUGCCCUUGAAGAAGACAGCAUUACAAGUGGCAGAGGACGCUGUCCAUAUGACCCCAACAGUCCCUGCAUGUCUACACUCUCCAGAGGAGAGCUGUAUAUUGGCCUGUACACUGACUACUGGGAGAAUGAUGGCGCUUUGUGUCGACUCAACAACCAGACCUACACACGCACUGAAAGAGACGACAGGCAGCAGCUCAAUGAACCUAAAUUUGUGGGGUCAGCAGUUAUUCCUGACAACGACGACAGGGACGAUGACAAAGUUUACUUCUUCUUCACUGAGCGGGAGAUGGAUGCUGAGGGAGUGAACAAGGCUGUGUAUACCCGCGUUGGGCGAGUCUGCGCGAAUGACCAAGGAGGGCAGAGAAUGCUGGUGAAUAGAUGGAGUUCCUUCCUGAAAACUCGUCUUAUCUGCUCUGUGGCCGGACCAAAUGGGAUUGAUACACACUUUGAUGAACUGGAGGACGUCUUUGUUCUCAAGAACAAGGAUGGGAAGAACCCAGAAAUCUUUGGCCUCUUUAGCACAACAAGUGCGGUGUUUAAAGGCUAUGCCGUGUGUGUCUAUCACAUGGAUGACAUCAGAGCAGCCUUUAAUGGUCCAUUCGCCUACAGAGAAAGGCCUGAGCAUCAUUGGACACCUUAUGAGGACAGAGUCCCCUACCCUCGACCUGGAUCUUGUGCCAGUAAAGUGAAUGGCGGUGGCUUCUCCAGCUCUAAGGAGUUUCCUGAUGAGGUUUUGCGGUUUGUGCGUUCGCAUCCUGUGAUGUAUCGUCCGGUCCUCCCCCACCACCGCAGACCCGUCCUGCUACAGACAGAGUCGGGCAAGAGGAGGCUAACACAGAUCGCUGUGGACAGAGUCCAAGCCCAGGAUGGACACUAUCACGUUCUGUACAUCGGCACUGACGACUCAGUGGUGUUGAAAGUUAUCACCAUCUACAACAAAGACACAGACACUAUGGAGGAGGUGCUGCUGGAAGAGCUGCAAGUAUUCAAGGUGUCAGCACCAAUAAGAGAGAUCAUAAUAUCACCUAAAAGGCAACAGCUCUAUGUUGGGUCAGAAGUUGGUGUGGCCCAAGUCAGACUGCAUCAGUGUGACCUCUAUGGCUCUGAAUGUGCUGAUUGUUGUCUGGCUAGAGACCCCUACUGCGCCUGGGAUGGUCUCACCUGCUCCAGAUACUACCCUGCUGGAGUCUACACCAAGAGACGAUUCAGGCGGCAGGAUGUUCGCCAUGGCAACGCCGUCCAGCUGUGCAAUGGGCUGCAAAUUGAUGAUGAGGAAUCUGAGGAGAGGCUGGUGUACGGCGUUGAAAGCAACAGCACUUUACUGGAGUGCGUCCCUCGAUCAUUACAGGCCAAAGUCCUCUGGUUCUUACAGAAAGAAGGAGAGAAACAUGAGAUUCGAGGUGAUGAGCGGGUUAUCAUGACCUCCCACGGGCUGCUGUUCCUACGUGUGAGAAGCUCAGAUGCCGGUGUGUACGUGUGCCAGACUGUGGAACACGGAUAUGUGAACACAUUAUUACGCAUCACUCUACACGUGCUCAGAGGGGAGAGGGUGGAGUCAGCGAUCCACACGACUAAUGACGAGGAGGGAGAGAAGGCCGGAGCUCCGUGCCACUCCUCCUCAGCAGGCCCCCCACCAGGCCCCAGCAUCAGCCCCAGGGCUCUGGUGCCAUCCUCAGUACCAGGUCGCCACUCCAGGCUGUGGUACAAGGAGUUUCUCCAGCUGAUUGGCUACGGGGACGCCCAGAGAGUAGAGGAGUACUGUGAGAGAGUGUGGUGCACUGAUAAAAAACGUAAAAAGACCAAAAGGAGGUAUGUUUCUCCGGGUGGCGAGAAGAGAGGGAAAGGGAGGGGAGAGGAGAACUCCAACCGAGCACCCAGACACACCUUGGACACCUGAGGAGAACAGAGCCUGACUGCACAUGCACACACACACAAACACACACACACACGCACGUGCACAGACUAAAGGUCAGAGUCACUCAGUGUUUGCACCAUGUAAAAGGUUUUCACUUUGCUUUCAACAAUAGCAGUAACAGAAAAACAAAAGUAGCAGGCUGUCAAGCUACUGUAUCUGCAUUUAUCACUCAAUAGUUUGACUGUGUUGUUCAUACUUAUUUUUGACUUUUUCGUGUGGCGUAAACUGACUAUCUGGUGCAGACCCUGAGUAAAUACUAUGAACGUCAGCGAUCAGUGCAGAGCAGAGGCCCUGGGAGGAGAUGAACGACUAAUUAAGCGACGUUGCCUCUGAUCUGAAGAGACAGAACAUAAUAUAUCAGCUCCCGUGGACUGGCGCAGCCCAGCCCAGCUGUCAAUUCCAAACGCACACAGAGACUGCUCCACAAAUCCUCUGCUCCACAAAUCCUCUGCUCCACCUCUCAUUCAAUUGCUAAAUAUGACAAACUUACUGAAUCUAUUAUGAGAGAAAACAGCUAUGUUAAAAGUAAUGGCCUUCUAAUCUUUUUUUUUGGUACUAUGAUAACUUAUUUUCUUGGUUUCUACUGAGUUCUGUAGUUGUUUAGAUGUCAUAAACUGGAAAAUAUAGUGUCGUUUUUGUACAGUGAAAAAUACUUUAAGCUUUAUGUUUCUAACAAUUUGAUUACAAUGUGGGCAUGGCUGUGGUGUGUGUGGUUAUGGCCACUAUGCAUACAUUAAGAUGUUGUCAUGCCACUAUUUUGGAUAUUUGAGGCAUGCUUGAAUUAUAAUUAUACCUUCAAUGAAAAUAAUGACUAUUUAAGCACUUGUAAAAACCUGUUACUGUCGAUGAAAAGUGGUCCUGUCAGUGGUUAUUAUUGUUAUCGUGUCUACAUUUACAUCUACAAUUGUGGUCAAAUGUACCAACAGUACUCUGUGCAUUGUAUAUUGUAUUUAUCUAAAAUUCAGAGUGGUCUUUGUGUGCACAUCUGGUAACUAGAACUGUAUAUUCAGGAAAUCAUCCUUUAGUGCUGGCUGUUCCCUUCUCUUUCCCUUUCUCUUGUUCCCUCUUACUCUUUCUUUUUUCCUCCCUCCUUCCCUCCCCCUUCAUUCCCUCCCCCCUUUGUUUGUCUGCAACGACGUUGCAGAUGGGAUUCAUAAUUACCACCACAAACAGCAAUGUAGAACACCACAUUUCCCUCAGAAGGAAAAGGACAAAUAAUAAAUGUUAGGGUGACCAUCCAAGCAUGUCAUUAGUAAAACUGACAAGUCAGCCUCAUGAAUAUUCAGUUAAUCUUGAGACGACAGAAACAUCAAACAGUCUGAUGCUGCAGUGAAGUGCAGUUUAGUAGUUAUGCUAAUAAUAGAGUCUUGGGGAUCACGUCUUUUGUUAUGUUGUGCCUUAUUUAUCUCUUAAUUUUGUCAGUUUAUAGUUUUGACCCUCUUGACUGUACUGUAUUUAUAAUGUGGUAAAAUCAAUUACUUAGUCUUGGUCAAAGCCUUAUAUCAUCGCUCAUCAUUCUCCUUGAAUAUUCUUCAAGUCAAAAGACUUCGAUUGACUUGUUGUGUCUGCUAUACCCGUUAUAAAUACCUGCCAUUAAAAAAAGAUGGACCAUC